UUUCCAUAUGUACUUUAUUUUGCUAAUAAUAUGCUUGCUAUUAAAAAAAGAGCAAGCAGUAAAUAAAAAGAAGCCUUGGAAAAAGAGAAUUGGACGAAUUAAAAAAAACAAAAUCGAUGAAAACCAGAAAUGGGUCAGAGCUAUUUGGACGAGAAAAAGCCUAAAAAUGCACAAAAUCUUCUUUUUGGAGACUUUCAAAAAAGAGAGUGAGGAGGGAGGAGGGGAGGGGAGGGAGGGGGAGGAGGGUAUGGGAAAUAAAAGUAGAAAAUGAAAAAUGGACAGAAAAAUGGCAAAAAAUGGAGGAGGAAUGGGGGGAGGUUUUUUAGUAGAAAAAAAAAGAAUAAAUGGAAAAAUAGUAAAAAUAUUACUAAAAGGGAAGAGGAA